AUGGAUACUCACAAGCCGGACUUGAUGACUUCGACAGUUUGGAGCGUAACCUUUAAGCUUGCUGGGUGCCCCACGUUUCUGGAUGGGGUGGUCCGCAUUCUCUGGUUCGGGACUACGAUAAUCAUUAAGCAUCCCAACGUCGGGUGUAGGCUUCACUUCUUGCGAUGUGGACAUCUAGGUCACACCUUGUCACGCAGUGGCUCAACGGAGGAGCAACUGCGAGGACCAGGAUGUAUUGUUGUGAAGGAAGAGGCUUUCCGGGAGCUGGAAGAUUUGGCUAAGCCUUUUGGCAGUCUCGACGAAAUAUGCUCAGUGGCAGCUCAAAUGCUUCAAUUGCAGCAGAGAGAAGAAGCGGAGGCACAAGCAGCGGUGACGCCGACAGUAUCAUUAGACGGGCCGACGACAACACCGUCUCUACCACGGGAUGAAGUCUCAGUUACUAAUCGAGAGCAGACGAAGGAACAAGGCGAAAAGUUUGCUUAUCUCCACACUGAACCUACACCACGACCCGAACAGCCGGUGGAUCACGAAGCCACUACGAGGUAA